AUGGGGAAGGGCAACUGUUCUCUUUCAAAUUUUUCAAAAUUGGAAAUUUGGUCCUUUACCGUACGGACGUGCUGUGGUAUUUUCCGGUGGGAACGGAGGCGGAGACGCGGCGGAAGCGUCGACGCGACGCAGACAGAAGUGCGGCGCGCACCAGAGCAGCGGGGCCACUUGGGCGGCGGAGUGGUGCGGGCAGCGGCAGUUAGCGGCAGGCGCGACGCUAAUCAAGAGCGCGUCCCGGCGCGGUGCGCUGCCGCGCCGCCUGUAAUUUGCGACGCGCCGGCGGGGACGGCACGGUUAAUCCGGCGGCCGGGAAAUUACCAUUGUCAGACAGGUCGGCAGUCAUUAGCGGCCGCGGUGCUGCCCUCCGGCGGCCAUCCGUCUUGGCCGUCUGCUGCGAUAGCGCCCAAGCCGCCUCCGCCGCCGCCGCCGCCGCCGCCGCCGCCACCCCCGCAGCCGCACGCAGUCGUUUCGUGA